AUGGAUAGUGAUUUGAUUCUGAAGAAGGUGUAAGAACUAUUGAUUAUUUGCAAUCUUUCAAUAAAGAAGGUUAAUAAAACUCAUUUCAGAUAUUUAUUGAGGAGUUUAUUGAAAAUUGAAUGUCGAGGAGAGAAGAAUAAAGAAACAAAUAACUUAUUCAUAAAUUAAAUGUUCAAUAAGAAAUAUCACAAUGUGCAAAUAUCCAUCAGAAUAUUAGUUUAGAUAUAGAUUAACUAUUUUUAACAGAAUAAGCAAGAAUUAAAUAUCUCCUAUAUUGUAAUAAAUUAAACAUUUAUUUAAGAUUUCUUAGAGUUAGAAGCCAAAAAAAUAUCUUUGGGCCAAAGAAGAGGCACUACACAAGUAAAUACCUUCUUAAAUAAAUGCCUUUUUGAGAUAAACUGAAAAAAUCUAUUCAAAACAAACUUAUGAAGCCCAAAUAAUUAAUCAUUGA